AUGGCGAAGGACGCUAAAAUACAGCCUUUGGCAGUCAGGUUAACUGCAAUUGCGGGGAGCUUUCGAUCUGCUGAAGAUGUCAUAAGCGUAUCUGACCCACUCGUAAAACAACUCGAAAACGUCGUCAACGAACUCACCGUCGAGUUAGCGGGAGGCAAACCCAAUCUGCCCCGAAACGGCCAGAGAGGUAAGGCCGCAAACGCUAACCACAGAGCUAGGGGAAGUAGAGACAAAAGACGCCAACACGAGUAUGCUACGGUACAACAACUCUGGGAGAAAGAACCGAAACAACUAGCUACGCUAGUAGUGGAGGAUCGGCUCUCAGAUAUCGAACAACGCCGCCAACCUGAACUACCCUCCGGAACAACGCUGAUUCCAAAAGAUGGCAAGGAUCUGACAGUGGCAGCCAGCUGGCGGACCGAUUACUGUCAGCUCAAUCCUAGCCAGACUGUUCUCGGGGUGAUCGAUGAAUCUCUUAGGGGAAACAUCGAGCUAAGCCGAGCACAGAAAGGAUUCACGCAUGACGAGGGAGCGGCUCAGAACGUCUCCCUCUUUCGCCAAACGUUGAAAGCGAUGAAGGAGGAACAGGGUGGAACUUGUUCCAUACUUGACAUUUCCAAAGCCUUCGACACAGUGCCACAUGGUGCAUUAGUACCGGCGCUCAGAAGGCUUGGAGUGGCCCCUUAUAUCGCUGAAUACGUCGAUUACGUAUACCAGGAUUGUCAGACGGUCUUACCAUCUACGACCGAAGAAAUAAAGAUCAGUCUGAGGAGAGGCGUGAAGCAAGGCGAUCCUCUUAGCCCACUUCUUUGGAACGCAGUCGUUGACCCAUUAUUGACAUACCUCGAUCAGCGGGAAGGAAGGGAAUUGUCCUGGAGGACGCAAUGUGUCGGUCCUGGCGUUCGCGGAUGA